UACUAUGGAGUUUCGCUCGCCACGCGAGCGACCGCCAACCGUGCGCCACCGGCGCCACGCCAGCUUGAGCCGGGUGACGCUCGGCCCAGCCUCCCUCGACGAGCUUCGCGCCUUUGAAGAGCUACAUGUACGGGCUACUCGUAUGCUGGGCGAAUGGCUCCGCCAACGACCCAACACCACCGCUGGUCCACGCGUGGUUCCCUCACGGCCCGAGGAUGCCCCACGAGACCCCACGACACCAUCAGCCCCCGAAGUGCCCCUGGUGCCUCCCGCAGACGGCUCUCCAGCAGGCGAGGAGCCCCACGUUUCGGUCCCGCUGCCUUCCUCUGACGAUGAGGAUAUGGACUUGACCAGCUCCCGAAAACGCGCUCGCGAAACGGAGAGCGACGACGAUGAGGACGCCAUGCGUCGAAAGCAGCCGCUGAGCGCUCCAGCCAGCUCGGAGCAGCAAGCUGCAGCCAGCACCCACGUGGAGAAAGGCGACCAGGGCAGCGCCAUUUUGCUCACCACCUGCGCAACAGCUGCCAGCCCCUCCCGUCCGGCCGCCCAAGAGGGAGCCCCUGCGGAAAGCGCGAGCGCCAUCUCUCGGCACCCCGCCGAGUUAGACGCCGCCUCCUUCGAGCCCCCUCCGAGCGAGGGCGCGCCCGACUCCUCCCUCGGAGCGUCGUCUGCUCCGGAGGGCGGCGCGCGCCCGGCAGCGUCGUCUGCUAGUGAGCCAGCUGGGAACCAAAGCGCCACCGACGCUAUGGAGCUUACGGACGAAGCUCCCGCUGGUGCCUCACAGCAGAACCGCGAACACCCAGCGGCGCAAUUCCUCAAGGGCCCGCCACGCCAGCCUGCCUCGCGGCCGAAGCCCAAGGGGAAGAACCAGCAGCGCAAGCACAGGAAAGAACCUGCUGCUCUAUCACCUUCGCCAGCUGUUCCUGCGGCCACUCCCAACAUGCCUGUGGCGUCACUGCAGGGUGCGGCGCCACCUGCCCGCGAGCUGAACGCAGACGGCUUCACCCUGGUGCGGUCGAGGGGCGAUCGGCGACGUGCCCAGGCACUCGAGACUGCAGCGAUCCCGGUGGACCCUGCGGUCAUCGGUACGGUGCUUUUCCGUCCCUCGGCGCCCGGCGGAGCCUUCAAGGGAGCCCCGCGCCUCGAACUCGCGGCGACCCUCUCAUCGCGGGCUGGUGUUGCUGCGGUGCGCGUCAACCACAGGCGCAACAUCGUGGCCGCGGACACCACCACCCGGGAAUGCCAGGAGGAGCUGCUGGCGAUUACCGAGCUCCGUGGAAUCUCGGUGACUGCCAGACUGCCGGCCGUGCGCGGCCAGAGCACCGGGUACCUGCACGGGGUGGACGGGUUACCUGCGGAUGCUGACCUGCUGGGAGCCAUGGUAUCGAGCGUUCCUGUGCUGUCGGCGACGCGCGACGGGAGCACCGUGACCAUCCGGUUCGCGGGACCGGUUCCCCCAGAACGCCUGAGCCUUUUCAAGCUUGGCUUCAGGGUGAGGCCGGCCAGGCCCCGCCCGGUGCAGUGCCGCCAGUGCGGCCGCUUCGGGCACGUGCUGGAAUCCUGCAGCUGGCCGUCCGACUGCAUUUCCUGCGGCAGGAGCCAUGCGAAGGACGCCUCCUGCCAGACGGUUCGCUGCAGGAACUGCGGCGGCCCCCACAGGGCCGACACUCCCGCCUGCCCCAAAUGGCAAGAAGAACGCCAGGUGGCCACGAUUAUGGCUUCAUCCACCGCAGCACUAUCAAGGCGUGCCGUCAGGGCAGCGGUCCGGGAGGAGCAGCAGCCAUCAACCUCGGCGCGGUCGUAUGCGAGCGCGCUGAAGGGCCCCAGUCCCGCUCCCAAGCGUCCAGUACCAGCCCCUCGAGCCCCCCGCCGCCAGGAGACACAGAAUCCUGCCCCCCCUGGCCAGACUACAGUGGAUCAGCUGGUAGCAAACCUGCUGGUCACCAUGCAAGCAGUCGGCGCUAUGCUACCAGCUGACCACCCACUCCGGACCAUCUGCCUGCAGGCAGUGGCUCUACAACAGCCGCCGAACCAACAUGGCCAGAACCACUGCUGA